AUGGCAGCUAGGGACCGCUUUGGUGCCUACGCUGACCUGGGCCUAACUCCGCUGCAACGAGCUGUUCGUCAUGCUUGCGACAUCUCUCACUACGAACCUAACCUUGCCCUGAACCUCGAAGUUGCGGACUUGAUCAAUUCCAAGAAAGGCAAUGCUCCCCGUGAAGCGGCACUCGAGAUUGUCCGUCUGAUCAACUCCCGGAACCAAAAUGUCUCCUUACUGGCGUUGGCUCUCCUCGACAUUUGUGUCAAGAAUUGCGGAUACGCUUUCCACCUUCAAAUCAGUACCAAGGAGUUUCUGAAUGAGCUGGUCCGACGGUUCCCCGAGAGGCCGGCGAUGCGCCCCUCGAGGGUUCAACAUCGCAUUCUAGAGUCGAUCGAGGAAUGGAGGCAGACUAUCUGUCAGACAUCGAGGUACAAGGAGGAUUUGGGACAUAUUCGGGAUAUGCACCGUCUCCUGCUCUACAAGGGCUACGUCUUUCCUGAAAUCCGAAACGAGGAUGCUGCAGUUUUAAAUCCUAGUGACAAUCUUCGCUCCGCUGAGGAGAUGGAAGAAGAAGAGAAAGAGGCCCAGUCAGCGAAGCUCCAGGAGUUGAUCCGUCGAGGCACACCGGCGGAUUUACAAGAAGCGAACCGAUUGAUGAAGGUGAUGGCCGGAUUUGACAACCGACACAAAACCGACUACCGGGCUAAGGCGGCAGAGGAGGUCGCUAAGGUGCAGCAGAAGGCCAAGAUCUUGGAGGAGAUGUUACAGAGCCAGCAACCGGGAGAACGAAUCGCGGAAGGGGAUGUAUUCGAGGAACUUGCCAAUGCUUUACAAAGUGCUCACCCUAAGAUUCAGAAAAUGUGUGAGGAGGAGUCCGACGAUCCAGAAGCUGUCCACAAAUUGUUAGAGAUCAACGAUAGCAUACACCGCACCAUCGAGCGGUACAAACUAGUCAAGAAGGGCGAUCUGGAGGCUGCAUCGAGGAUUCCCAAGGGCACUCUAGGAACCACGACCGGGGUUUCGAAGAACGCGAACAAUGAAUUGUCCCUCAUCGAUUUUGACCCAGAACCCAGCUCAAACGGCAAUCCCUCACAACCGGCGGGCGGCAGUUCUCUCGAGAACGAUCUGCUUGGCCUCUCAAUAGAAGAGCCAGCCUUCACUGGAGGUAUCUCCCUAGGACCUGGACCUGGAUCUGGACCUGUGACCCCAAUGCCUUCUGCUACACCGCCCGUACAACAGGCCCCUUCGGCAUUCAAACCCAACUAUGAUAUCCUGGCUUCGUUGAAUUCAUCCCGCCCUGCAUCUCAAUCAUCUACGCCUGUACCUGCAGCGAUGCGGCCACAGAGCACCACCGCUACCCCACCUCCAUCCGAUCCUUUCGCCUCGCUGGUGUCUGCCAGCCCCCGACACCCCAGUCCGUUCCCCUCGGGAGUCUCCAGUCAACAGCCCGCAUCGGCCGGACCUUCCCUCCUCGAUCUGGCAGGAGCCAGCUCGCCGCAGCCCCCAGCUGGCAACACCAAAGCGGCCGAUGAGGACGAGUGGGAUUUCACGUCCUCUCUCCCCGAAAGUAACACUCUCCCGACCACGAAUCGUGUGCAGGUGUUGAACUCGUCGUUGCGGGUUGAAUUCGUGGCGCGGCGGCACCCCCAGCAGGCCCGGCAGAUUCAUAUGGUGGCAUUGUUUUCCAACGGCACCAAUCAGCCACUAAGCGAGUUGCAUUUCCAAGUCGCUGUGGAGAAGGCAUAUACUUUGCAGCUUCGACCCCAAUCAGGGCGGGACAUUGCUCCUCUCCAGGCGAACGGAGUCCAGCAGGAAAUGUUGGUGAGUGGCGUGGAAGCGGGCAAAGGUAGUUCCAUUAAGAUGCGGUUCAAGGUUUCGUACCGGGUGGGCAACGAGCAAAAGGAGGAACAGGGAAUGGUCCCUUCGUUAGGAAUUGCUUAG